CAUCUCAACCGGUACUUUCAGCAAUGUUGUUUUCCACCGGCCGAUCGCUUCUGCUGCGCCAAUUUAUUGAAAUAUCUAAGAAUGCUGUUGCCCAAAGGGGACAGCAAUUAAACUACUGCAAAGCAGCGAUUGCGCUGCGUCCAAAGAAACCAAAGUCCACCCGCAAAGAGGCGCAAUACUUUUCGGAUGCCAAGCGGGUGCGUGCUGUUGGCGGGAAGGGCGGCGAUGGAUGCGUCUCCUUCCUGCAGCUGUGGUGCAACGAGCGUGCCGGACCGGACGGCGGAGAUGGCGGCAACGGUGGCCAUGUGGUCUUUCAGGCCUCCAACGAUGUGCGCAACUUCAAUCACGUUGGCAGCGUGCUGCGUGCCGAGGAGGGGGAACGUGGAAACGCCAUGGACUGCCAUGGCAAGAAUGCCAAGCAUGCUGUCAUUAAGGUACCAAUUGGCACGGUCAUCCGGAACUCCCAGGGUCUGAUUGUCGGAGAUCUGGGGCACGCGGACUUGAUGUUCGUGGCGGCGCGCGGUGGAGCCGGCGGCAAGGGUAACCGCUUCUUUACCACAGACAAGGAGACCAGUCCCAAGGUCUGCGAAUAUGGACCAACUGGCGAGGAUAUCUCCUACACCAUUGAGCUGCGCAGCAUGGCCGAUGUCGGCUUAAUUGGCUAUCCAAAUGCCGGUAAAAGCACCUUGCUGAAUGCCCUAACCCGUGCCAAGCCAAAGAUUGCGCCGUAUGCGUUUACCACGCUACGGCCGCACCUGGGAACCGUCCAGUAUGACGAUCUGGUGCAGCUCACCAUUGCCGAUCUGCCAGGACUCGUGCCCGAUGCACAUCUCAACAAGGGCCUGGGCAUACAGUUCCUCAAGCACGCCGAGCGUUGCACUCUGCUGCUCUUUGUGCUGGACGCCAGUGCACCCGAGCCUUGGACCCACUAUGAACAGCUUAUGCACGAGCUGCGACAGUUUGGCGGCAGCUUGGCGAGUCGCCCGCAGCUGGUGGUGGCCAAUAAAAUCGACAUGGACGACAGUGCCGCCAACUUUGAGGAACUGCAGCGCAGGCUUCAGAAUCCAGUGCUCGGCAUUAGCGCCAAAAUGGGCAAAAAUCUCGUCCAACUGCUAAGCAGCAUCCGCUUGAACUUCGACCGCCACAAAGCGCAGGAAAGAUCUACUAGUUAGAGAGAGAGAGCGAGAGAGAGAGCAAUCCAUCCUGCU